UACGCCAUUCUCUCGCACGUUUGGCAAGAUGUCGAGCAAUCUUUCUACGAAAUGGCCGCGCUAGAAGACGCACAUGCUACGGUCGACGACCCCCGGGUGAGCAUCAAAGCUCGCGAGUGCUGUCGUCUUGCGCAGACCUAUGGUCUCCCCUGGGUUUGGAUCGACGCGCCCUGCAUCGACAAGCGCAACAGCGCGGAGCUCUCGGAGGCGAUCAGGUCCAUGCACGGCUGGUACGCCAAGGCGUCGAUCUGCUUCGCCUAUCUCGCCGACGUCGAGCGCCCAGCCGAUCCGGAUCUGAUCCGGGCGCCCAAGUCUGCCUUUCGCGGGAGCGCGUAUUUCCGACGAGCCUGGACACUGCAAGAACUCCUCGCCCCCCGUCGUGUCGUCUUCCUCUACGCCGACUGGUCCGUACUCGGAGAAAAGCACGACCUCGCCGACGUGCUCGAGGAGACCACAGGCAUCGACCGCGACGUCCUCACCUUCCACCGCCCCCUCUCCGCCUUCAGCGUUGCUCACCGUCUCUCAUGGGGCUCGGGUCGCGACGCCCGCCGUCCGGAGGACAAGGCGUACUGCCUGAUGGGCCUUUUCGACAUCCACAUGUCCAUCCGCUAUGGCGAAGGAGAGAUGGCCUUCUGUAGGCUACAGCAGGAGAUCUUACAGAAGAUUUGCGAUCACACACUUCUCACAUGG